AUGCGCGUGGACAACAGCAGGGAUCGCUCGUUUGGACGAUGUACGAACAUCAGCAUCCGAAACCAAAGCACGAUGCGCACACGCUGGCAGCGCUUGCAGCAGCACAUCUCCUCUUGCUGCAGGUGGUGUUGCUCCUCCCCCUCAUGGCCCAGUGGUCCGGCCAGCACGGAGCUGAGGAAACGCUACAAGGAGAUGGAGGCAAGCUACGAGGGAAUCGUCACCUUGCAACCGAACAGCAGAGGCAUUGAUGACUACUUCAUCAAGGGACCGAUGCUUGGGCAAGGCGGCUUUGGCACGGUUUGCCAGGCCACCCCCACGAAGCGGGCCAUCAAAGCACAGCCCGCUCUCAAAGAGGGGAAGGGAUACGCCCUGAAACGCGUGAAGUUGCCCUUGCGCGAUGCCGAGAUUGAAAUGAUCUCGAAGAGCCUCUUAGGCGUCUCUCCCGCACGGAUGCUGCAGUUCCUGAAGGUGAUUGGAGGGCCCGAGGCCACCCAGCAGCAUGUGACGCGGAACCUCUUGCGGGUCUUGGAAAUCCCACACACCAUGCACAUCGCCAUGGAUCUGCUGGAGGGUCCAACGCUCCGGGACUGGAUGAUGGAGAACAAGGCGCGUGUGCCAGAGCCCCUGGCGGCGGAUCUCACGACGCAGAUGCUCAAGGCUGUACACUUCCUACACCGCGUGGCCGGGGCGCUGCACCGGGAUGUGAAACCGCAAAACUUCGGCUUCACCCAAGCCCUGCGCCAGGAUGAGCCUGCCACGCUGCAGCUUUUCGAUAUGGGCUUGGUUUAUGUGCUCCCUGAGCCCAUCGUGGAAGCCACGGCUCAUGAGCUCUACGCCCUGGGCUUGGGCGGUACCAUGCACUGGAUCCCGCCGGAGACGUGGGCGGGCUACAGCGGAGCAUGCAGCGAUAUCUGGGGCAUUGGUCUCAUUCUGCAUGUGCUGCUGCUGCGGCAACUGCCCUUUGGCCUGCAGUAUUGCGAGGACCGAGAUGCAGUGUACCUAGCGGUCAAGGAGUGUGGCCCAGUGCAGCGCGUGAGCGGCGAAGCCUCCGCAGAAGCCUUGCAGUUGGUGCAGCAGCUCCUCUCCAAGGAUCCGUCGCAGCGCCCCAGCACCGCCGUGGCGCUGCAGUGGCCCUGGCUCCGCACGGCGCAGGCCUCGUCGCCGCCGUCCUCGCCGUCGCCGCUGUCGACGUCCAGGCGCCGCACGGUGGCCGCGGCCGCGGCGCAGCGCCAGGUGCAGCUGCCGGCGGAGACGGAACGGUGGAAGGAGCGAUCUUUUUGGCACUCCUUGAUGUUGAAGUCUUCAGACUUUUGGUCCAAAGCUGACUGA